AUGUUGACGGACGACGCCUUCCAGAUGUUGUUGUUCGACCUGUUUUGUAUGUGGCACGACGUGCAACGGCACUACGAUCCGCCAAUUACACAUACGGAAGAGGAAAAGAUGUUUAAGGUACAUUAUUCCGUGAGGAAAUGCAGGUUGUAAGUCGAUUCAGCAGCUCGAGUUUCGGUUUUCUUUUGGCUUUUUUAAAUGCGAUCAUGCUGGUAUUGGUGUGUGGUGUCAUUGUCAUGAUGAUAGUUUUGUAAUAGUAAUGUCAGUGUGAUAGUGAGAGUGCUAUGAAAGCAAUAUCAUACUGAUAGUACUAUAGUAGUACUGCUUUCAUCGUUAUAUUGUAAUUCUAUUAGCUCCACAAUACCUAUAAUAACACUCUGACAACGCAAUUAUGCCUAUUAUGACAAUGGUAUCACUAUAUCAUAUCGAUAUCACCAUGAAAACAAGAAAAAUGAUAAAAAUUAAAGUUGUAGCGUUUAGCGAAGACGUCCGACUGCUCGAAGAUGUCAUUCUUAAAAGCAUUCUAAAGGAAAUAAAAGCGAUAGUAAACUUAAAACGUGGUAUUACAAGGCAAAACAUAAUCUUGAGGUAUAACAAAAAGUACUUGUGAACUGGUAUUACUGGCUUUAAUACUUACUUACGGUCAUUUUAAAUGUUAUACAGCCUUAAAGUUAUAAUUUUAGGGUUAUACCGUACUAAACCGGUAGUUACACAGUACUAAAAUGUUAUGUUAAAAUAUGAUUUACAUAUAAAAAUGAUAUGACCAAUGCCAUUGCUAACAGCAAUAUUGUUUUAGGUCAAAAAGAUGAUCUGUAAACUGUUGGGUGAGAUCGACUCUCGAGUCUUUCGAAUCCAAACCACUCCGCCAGUCAACGAGCAGGAGUUCAUCGAAGAAUGGACAAUGUUAACAUGGAACGUCAUGUGUAUCACCAGUCGGCUGCAGUACUCGCUGAAUCGCUCUUACUGCUCGUCCGAAGACAAAGUCAUCUUGAACAAAUUGAACGACGCGUUAAUCAAAUUGGUUAACCAUUCUAGGUGGGUUUAUAUAUUAUACUUUAUCCUAGUCUUUCUUUGGUCCGUACAUGGCCUUGUUUUGACUGCUCCCUAGGUUUUAUUGUGUUCAUAUUGUAGCUCUGUUUGUAACCCUUUUUCACCUCUUACUCUAACUAUCAUACUACUUUUUUAACACAUUUUUAGUUAUUAAAACUAAAUUUUAGAAGCACGGAUGUGCCACCAUCCCUCCAACUACCUCCCCACACAUUAUCCGAACUUUCGAUGAAGUUAGGCGAUACGAUCAGCCAAGUUCAUGGUAUCUACGAGCGUUUCCAGCAUUCAUUCCCUACCGCAACAGCACAACAACAAGACUUUCUUCGAAUGGUGCAGAACUUCUCGGAGAACCAGUUGGGCCCAUUCAUCGAUUACUUCAAGUCAUUCUGUAACGAACAAAGUGUUCAUCUCUGGGCCGAAGUUAGAGCUGCACAGAUCCGACACAUGAUCAACUAUGACACAAUGUCAUCGGCUCCAAUUAAUCGACUGGUCAGUUUCUACUCGUAUAUGAUGCACAAACUGGCAGCGUUGGGAGCUCGGCUACAAGGGCUGCGUCAUGUUGUGAAUGCCUCGAAGGUGUUCCGUGAACUGGAUCCUGUUGGUGCAUUAAGUGACAAUGUCUUCUCGGCUUUGGAGCUUCUGAUGUCUGAUUGUGUGUUGGCUACAGAACCAUCGACCAAUGCCAUCUUGGUCACCAACAACUUGUUUGCUAUGAAUUGUGGAGCUUUGGCCAGAGGGGUGGUCUUUAAACAGUUUGAGAUCCAAGUAGUGACAGAAGAAGCGGCCGAACAUAUUCAGUCGGAAAUGAGAAGGCAGAAAAUGCUACAACAGCCAUCUCCUAUUGGUAUGGUGCCAUCUGCAGCGCUAUUGGCUAUGAAGCCAACUUCUGGUACUAAGAGAGCGAAUUCAAAUUCAGCGUCAACAUCAAGUGAAACUCAAGGGAACACGGCACAUAAGAAGAGUGAUGUGAACAGUAAAGACAUGGUCAUCAUCUAUCCGGCUUUUAAUUUUAAGAAUAGGUAUUGGGCUGCCACAUAUCCACAACUUCUUUGUACGACAAGGCAGAAGGGACGACAGUCGACCAACAACUCGUUUCAGGUAUGGCUUAGGUACUACAGUUUAGCAUAGGAUAAUAUAGAACAUCAUACACUACUUUUUCCCUAGUACAGUAUUGUACAAUAAUAUAAUGAGUUUCUUUCAGGAUUUGUCACCGAAUGCCUUAGGCCUAGACCUAAAGUCUCAUGGAAAGCGGCCGAUAUUCUACUUCCAUAUCAAGGCUACCAUGUUCAGUCCAUCAGGACGAUUCGCCACUGCUCAUACAUUGUCAUUACCUUUUACUAUUGCUACAAGGAGGAAUCAAGUAAGUUUUUAAAAGAUUAAUCUUAUCAUACAUUACCCUACCCUACCUUAUCAUGUCUCACCCAACACUUUUCAGGAUUGCCAAGUCCAACGUAUGAUGUCAUCGUACACAGCCACCUGCUUCUGGCUCUACGGUACCAACGCUCAAGAUGGUCUACUGUUACAGUGGCAAGAGUAUGGUAUGCACUGGGACCACUUUAUGCAGUUAUUCAAACAACACUUCCGAGUCAAUGCCGAUGUACAACGAGGGCUGAAAGACAGUGAUUUUGAUUUGCUGAGGUAUAAACUACAAUGUCAUGACUGCACCCCGUCCGCCAAGGAAAUGAAAGUCAAUGGAAAAGCUCGUAAGUUCAAAAUUGUCAAAAAAAGUAUCGACCGGUCAAUAAUAGUUUUUUAUAUUUAAAAAAAUUUUUUUUAUUAAUUUUAAGCCUAACUUACACUUAAAAUAUAAUUUUUUUACACUUUUAAAUUGUCGACAAAUCGAAAAAUUUGAAAAUUUUUUUUUGAAAUAUUGAAUUUUAUACAUUUUGACUUAAAAUUGGACAUUUUAGGCCUACCUUAAGCCUAAAAUAUCAUUUUUAACGUUUAAGUUAUCGACCAGUCAAAAAAUAAAAAAAAAAUUUUAGAAAAAAUUAAAAUUUCGUGCUACAACCUACAAUUUUAGAAGUAGUAACUUUCAAAAACAUGUUAUGUCCCCAUCUACGGUACGAAUGUGGCAAUGUCAAGACCAGGUUCAGUGUUUGGCGUGGAAUGUUGGAGCUCCUCCAGAUCUUCCAGGACCAAAAAACGAAUGUUCGAAAGUUGUGGGAAAAGAACCUGAUUAUGGGAUUUUUGGAAUUCGACCAAGUGGCAGAGAUAUUGGCCAGUCAUGAUUCAGCCAUAAUCAUGCGAUUGUCGUUUGUAACCGGUGGUACGAUCUGCUUUACCGUGAAGUCGCGAGCACAUUCCUUGAGCAAAGACACAGCAAUGGCACCAAUGCAUUUGGAGCCAUUGGAUUUGAAAAAGCUUCAAGCAAAAUGUCUUAAGGACUAUCUGAGAGAUAUUGCUGUAGCCGAGAAGGUAAAAUAUGUCAUCAAUUCGAACUUCGAGCCAGUUUCUAUCAGUGAAGUCAUCGAGGAAUUGACUGACAAAUCAUCAUCGAUUGAAGAACUCGAAACCUCACGACAUGUGUCUUCAAAUGUCACUCACAGUGGGGAUCUGGAUGCCAUGCAACAUAUCACAUUCACAGCCAUGAGGAUUGCCGUAGUAACUUGCAAAGUCAAGCCUCCAUCAGCUGAUAUCAUUAAUGAGAUUGAACAUGCAGCCGCUGGGAUUAAAGUUGCUUCACCAGUGCCGUCUGCUUAUCCUAGUGCACCUGGCUCGGUUACUGGCUCAAGUUAUAUGACUCCAACUCCACCUAGUGGGCUGAGCUUGAGGUUACCUGCUAAUGCUACUAGUGAUGACUUUGCCAGGGAGCUGGUACAGCUCUGUAACUUCCAUGGAAAGUCAAGAACGGUAAGGGUUUUAGAUUUAAUGUAGUAAUUUUUUGAUGAGCGUAGUGUAAAAUACCAUACUUUGCCUUGUCUUAUCACCUAUUCCUUAUUUUAUCUUGGACUACCCUACAUUAAUUUGCCCUAUCUUACCUUAUUAUAUAACUUUUCUUUUCAGGAGCUCAUGGAGAUGAUGGAGCAAAUCCCAGACGGCCUCUUCACCGUACCCUCGUCAAGUACCGGCCUCAUGACUCCACAACCUCAACAAUACUCCCCACCCAUUAUGCCUCAAAUGAACCCCCCUGUACCCCACAACCCAGCCGGCUACUCUCAUAUGAGCACUCCAUCGCCCAUGAAUACCUCACCAUCAGGUUCGACCAACCUUCAGAGUGUGUUUGGUAACAACAUUAUGCCCAACAAAUCUGACCAUUACAACAUGACGUUUUAA